CUUUCGCGUUUCUUCUGAGGCGGCUUCCGGUGUGGCGUCCUGCGUGCGCCGCCAUGUUCCUGCAGUGCUACGAGAACGGGCGCGGGGAGCGCGUAUACACCCUGCGGAAGUUGUCCCCGGACGGGGUCCCCACACGCUCGGCGCACCCCGCUCGCUUCUCCCCCGAUGAUAAAUUCUCCCGGCACCGCCUGGCCCUGAAGCGGCGCUUCGGGGUUUUGCCGACGCAGCGAGGCCGGACCCUGCUCUGAGGCGCCCCAGAAAUCCCGCCCGGACCCCCGAGAUGGCCCCGAGAUCCUCGGAGGCAUCCCUGCCAUGAAAGAAAACCCAAUGGAAAUGCGAACGGACUGAACUGAAAUGGGAUGAAAAGAACCUUUUAAAGAGGAGAAGAAAAUGAAAUAGUAAAGGAUGGAGCGGUCGAGGGUGUCUGAGUUUUGGUGUCUAAAUAAAUUGGGGUGUUUUUUUU